GAACUUGACCGAUCCGGUAGUAGUAAGCAUAUGUUUUCGGAGAGACGGUGGAGGUGACCCGUCUGUCUGUAGGACACACCGAAAAAAACGAAACCGAGCUGGAGCGGGUCAGACCAUAACGUCGCCAUGGGAGCGCACCUCGUCCGCAGCUACGUGACCAAUCCGGACACCGAACCGGACCCCUUGAAACCGGCCGGGUUUGCCCCCGAUCUGGGAUUUGCAGAGAGAAAAGAGCGAGUGAUGGUAGCCACACAGGAGCAGAUGAAUGAGGCUCAGUUGCCCGUCGAGCAGCGAGAUUACUGCGCUCACCACCUCCUCAAACUAAUGAAGUGCAAGAGAGACAACUGGCCCAACUUCCUAGCCUGCAAGCAUGAGCGCCAUGACUGGGAUUACUGCGAGCACCAGGACUAUGUGAUGCGGAUGAAGGAGUUUGAGAGGGAGCGCCGUCUUCUGAUGAGAAAGAAGAGGAUAGAAGAAGCAGAGGCAGCCUGAUACUGGAGACCAUCACCCCCAGCAAGCUGCACGUCCAGGCAGGAGAAAGGCAUCUGUUUCUGUACAUAAUCUUAUUUACACAAAUAAAACCUAAAUGGAUCCAACAUAAA